ACGCGGUACGAGGACGGCGCGCUGGACGAGCUCGCCAUCGCGCUGUUCAACCGCAAGCUCGAGUCCGCCCUGCGCGACGACGCGAUCGAUGUGAAAGAGACGACGUUACCGAAGCGCGGUUUCGAUCGACUCGUCGCGCUCGCGGACUUGAUCUCCGUUGGGCGCUCGCCGUCGCGGCAGCGCGCGGUCGUGCUGACGACGCUCCUCGGGCUCAUCCCUCCGUGGGUGCGAGCGCGGUUCAAGGAAAUCAUCCGGCCGGAGUGGCGGUGGGUCGACGAAAUGAACGCGGUCAUCACCGUCAACGCGUUCGCGUGGCUCGUCGGGCCGUGCGAGAUUAUUCCGCGCGAGAGCGACGGCGUCAUGUCCGCGGUGAAGCUGCGCAAGUGCCGGUACUUGGAGCAGUGCGGGUGUACCGCGAGCUGCGUCAACUUCUGCAAGAUGCCGACGCAGGCGUUCUUCAGAGAAGCCUUCGGCGUGGACGCGCACCUGGCGCCGGACCACUCAGACGGGUCGUGCGUGAUGACGUUCGGCGCGAAGCCGCCGAGCCCGGACCCGGCGUUCGAGGCGCCGUGCUACGCG